CAUCAAUCAAUGAACAUCCCCAUACCUACCAUCGAAUUCCUCGUCAACACUUCAAGGCCCUCCUUUCCCAUCAUCCAAGAUGAAGCAAUCCAUCCUGCAGCGUUUGCAGAAGGAAAACGCCACUACCUACAAGCGUACUGAAGGUGCUUACGGCCCCGGUACAUAUACAGACACAGAAUUUACCCCCGUGCCCGAAGAGAGCUUGAGAAUCUUUCGAGAACUCGCAGCCAGAACACCCGGCUUCACCAAAGAUGAGAAGCUCCUAAGCGGCGUCAAAUUUUCUGGUGAUAGCUUGCCACUCAUAGCAGGACCCAUCAAGUCGCAGGCCGUCACAGCGGCCUUGCAUGCCAUGGCCGGCGUCAUUGGGCAUGAGAUCCUGCAACUCCGUAGAAUACAAACCUCGGGCUCGACAACCGUCAAUGUCGACCAUGCCGGCAUGUAUCUCGCCACUCCUGCCCUGGUGCAUAUCGACGGUGAGUCGGGCCCGUCCCUGCUCAAGCACCCGAAGCUACCGUCCUCGGACAAUGGCGCGUUCAGCGCCACCCUCAAGAUGCGCUGUCAAGCUAUUUAUCCAUGCAAGGACGGAACUUGGUACCAACUGCACGGGAGCACGUUCCCGGACCCGGUCCUCAAGGUGAUUGGGGUUGACCCCAAUGCCGUAUUCCCCAACGGUGACGCAGCCUAUGAGCAUAUCAAGGAAAAGAUCCAACCCCAUUUUACGUCGCGCGAGCUCGAGAUGAUUAUGGUCGAGCGCGGCUUGUGCGGCGGCAUCGUGCGCUCGCCGCAAUCCUGGCUGGAGACCACCAUGGGCCAAGUUCUCGCCAACCACCCGCUAAUCAACUACCAGCAGGUGCAGUUCAGCGCAGACGCACAACCGCCUGUGCCAUUGCCGACCCUCUCGCAGACGGGCGGCGAUGCCAGGCCCCUGGCAGGGAUCAAGGUGCUCGAGCUGGCACGCAUCAUCGCGGCGCCCGCAGCAGGUGGUAUCCUGGCCUCUAUGGGCGCCGACGUGCUUCGUGUGCAGCCGCGUCAGCUGGUUGACUUCACGCCGGCGCAGAUGUGUGGGUUGAUGGCGGGCAAGCGCACGCUGCACCUCGACCUCGACGCGGAAGAGGAUCGCGAGAAGCUGCGCGGGCUGAUCGCCGACGCCGAUGUCAUCAUCCAGGGAUACCGGCUGCGGUCACUAGAGCGGCGCGGGUUUGGACAGCCACUUGCGCUCGAGUUGGCGGCAGCGCGGAAGCGUGGCGUCGUCUUUCUCGAUGAGAACUGCUUCGGGCCAGACGGAUGUUACGCCGAGCGACCCGGGUUUCAGCAGGUGGCCGACGCGGAGUCCGGAUGUAGUUGGGUCAUGGCAGCGUCGGACCCUUACGGAGGUUUUCCUGAGGGCGCCGGCGUGUUGCCAUCAUUGCCCAUCGCGGACAUGUCGACAGGCGUCGUGGGUGCUCUCGCCAUCCUCUCGAUGAUUCGGGACCGGGCCAGGCUAGGGGGCUCCUGGACGGGAUGCGCCAGUCUUGUCGCGUACCAAGUCACGACGCUGGAGCCGUGGGUUGGCUUAUACCAGAGGGACGUGGUAGAGAGCAUCGAGAAGAGGUUUGGAUAUGGACGCAUCACCCCUGACUUGUUCGUCGUCGAGAUGUACUACCGGGUCCUGGCGGCGUGGGACCGGCAUGCCGAGAAGAAUCUCCACUCGUUAACAGGGGAUGAGGACUUUUAUGUCCACUUUGAAGACAGCGUAUUUGGGAAAGACUUGCGCAUCUUAGCGCCCGUGGUUAAGUAUCCCGAGGAUCCGGCAAGCCAGUUCCACUGGACUAGCCCUCCGGUGCCAUUUUGUUUCCACAAGGUAGUUGCUUUUGGAGCUAAGGAGUAGUUGAGAGUGAGAGUGGGCCAUUGAAGUGAUGGGUUAUACGAGUUUGUUGGUUCCACCUACACUUGGGCCCUUGCAGCAUCUUGAGACAAAACAUCCCGUCGAGUGCUAAAUUGUUCUUUUGCUAUAAAAGCCGCUACAGCACUUUCAUGAUUUAAAAAAAGAAAAUAACCCCGAUAUGACCCUAUUUACUUCUAGAAAUCUGAUAACACAUUGCUCAG